UAAUAAUAAUAAUAAUAAUAGCAAUACUGUCACUCCCUCUACUAAUUAUACUUUCACUAAUAUUUCUACUACAACAACUUCCACUAGUGUUGUUUCUUCUUGUCCUACUGCUAAUACCACUAAGACUAUCAGUGCUAAUAUUACGGCUACCAUUGUUUCUAAUAAAACAACUGAUACUACUAAUCACAAUAGUAGUGAUGUAUGUUAUAUCGAAUUUCAUGCUCACAAGUAG